AAGGCCAAACCCGCUUUCAAUUCAACUCUGCAAGUUCCGUGGCCCCUUUAUGAUUUCACCAAAGACGUCAGCUCCGACUUAUUCUCUUAUAUAUGGGUUUGUGGUAUACAUGCACGGUGCAAUCAUUUCUGUCUGGAGACGGAUGUAAGAAAGAAUGGUCAGUAGGAGAAACUCAUUGACCCUGUCAGUGUCAGUACUUCUUUUAGAAACAGUUUAUUUUAUCCUUGGUCGUGAUAUGAGUACACUCGACAACCUGGGAUGGAUAAAUAACAAAGUUAAAAGGAGAUAUAAUUUUCAAAACGUUGGAUCAAGCCAAGAACAAUGGGAAACUCAAAUAUCAACAGAAAACAGUUUUUAUUUUUCAGAUCAAGUCAUAAUUAAUCCUCACAAUGCAAUAGUUCAACCAAAAGAUUCACCCUGUAGUUAUAACUGUGGCACAGUCAAUUGUUCUGGUCUCUCUAUCAAGGAGAUACAGCCCUCGUGGUUUCCAAAUGAAACACAAACUAUUCUAUUAAAUACAAACUUUAUAAGCAGAUUGAGCAAUUCUACAUUGUCACAUCUAGAAGAUUUACUAUAUCUAGAUUUAUCAGACAAUAAAAUUGAAUUGAUAGAGAUACAAGCUUUUGAUGGUCUACAUAAUCUAAAGAUUUUAAAUCUUUAUAAUCACAAACUAAAGUUCAGUAACUCCAAUGAGUUUCUAAGAAUCUUUGAACCGCUCAUUAGUUUGGAAGGAUUAAAUAUCUUACAGGACAUUGAUCUCCCCAAAGUAGAAAUGUAUUCAUUCAAGUUUUUAGAGAAGUUGCCAACUCUUCGAAACUUAUCAACAGAAUAUGAUUUAGAAAUAUUGUCUCUUGGCAAAGAGUUUAGAAAAAUGCCAAACUUAACAUUCCUGAGGCUGUCUGGCAGUGUUGAAAUCAUAAAUGACUUUUCGUUUACCAAUGUAGCUGACUUAAUAGAGCUUCAUCUAGAAGAACUAGACAACUUACACAACAUAAGUCAGGCUGCUUUUUGGCCUUUAACAAAAUUAAAAGUACUCAAAAUGUACAAGAUAGCCAUUAGUGCGCAGAAUGUGUUUUCUCUUCUUCAACCGUUUGAAAAUAGACAAAUGACUGAGAUCAGUUUACACACUGUUAGCUCUGAGUUCUCUCGCUCUGAUCCUCGAGUUGAAGGCUAUGUCACAUCUACAGACACCAAACAUCUAUUGAACAUCUGUUUGGAAACAUUCACUUUAAUUAAAUGUCGAAUCUAUUACUUUACGCCUGACGCUUUCCAGUAUCUUGACACUUGGAGUAAAUGUUUAGUGAAUUUGUAUAUAUCUUUUAAUCCGAUACAGGGAAAUAAUUUGUGUUUUGAACGACUUCUGAACAUGAAAACAUUACAACAAGUGACUGUUACAAAUGUAUUGCGUCCGUGUUUUCAAUAUGAAAGUUUUCCAAACAGUUUAUCAGAAAAUCAAGAUAAAUAUGAGAGAAGCCAAGCCUGCUUAAAACAGAAUGAUGAGAAUUCUCUUCAUGAGAACAAGCUAACUUCAAAGCAAUACAAACUAAACUUGUUUCAAGAAAGUAAAGCUCUAUUAGCUCAAGACGAUAACUCAUGUGCCUUACACGAGAUCAUAAGAAUAUCCGAAAGUAUCAAAUAUUUGAAUAUAAGACGUGCGAUUGUUUCCCAACACAUGAAUUGUAACUUUGUCUUUGAUGGUGCACAAAAUGUAGAGUAUCUGGAUAUCUCAGAUAGUGGGUUGAAAUAUUUUACUGGUACUCUUCAAGGACCUGUAUCACUUAAGACAUUAAUAUUAUCAGGGAACGACAUAAGUUUGAUAAGCAAAUCCUAUCUAGACACAUUUUCUGCUCUAGAAAACUUGGCUCUUGCUAAUUGUCAACUAGAUCGUGAGUUUAUGUCAAUUCACAGCGGGAGAUUAUUUCAAAAUCUGACACGCCUACAGCAGCUUGAUCUCUCUUCUAAUUUACUCAACUAUUUAUCUACAGAAACGUUUAUGUACAACAAACACUUGAAGUGGUUGACUUUAGCACAAAAUCAAUUUCGAGAGAUUCCAUUUUCUUUGAAGUACACACCAGAACUUGAAGUCUUAGAUCUUCGUCAGAACUCACUCAAUACGAUUGACAUGGCGAGCAUUCAUCAGCUUGACAAAAUUGUGACUAAGUCUGGUCACUUACAACUUUUACUAAGUGGGAAUAUUUUAUCUUGUGGUUGUAACGAUCUUCAGUUUUUACACUGGAUGAGGUUGACUUCAGUGACGUUUGAUCAGAAUGGAAACUUCACAUGCAUUAACCAUAAAGGGGACAGAACUUAUACUUUAAUUUACUCUGAACUUGAUGCAUUGUGGAGAGACUGUUGGGGCAGUUUUUUCUUAUAUCUGGCUUUGAUAAUCUUGUGUCUUUAUAUGAUAGGAAUUUCACUAGCUUUUAUAAUGAUUAAAAAUAAGAAAUUCAUUAUUUCCUAUUUUUCGCAGAUUCUAGGCCUUUUUAGAGUACAUACAAAACAAGACUACCCUAUAGGUGUGUAUAUUGGCUAUUCUGAUAGAGAUUAUUUGUUCCCGUGCACGGAUUUGAGAAAAUUUAUUGAAAGUUCAAUUAAGUUAAAGACAUUUUUAAUUGAUCGUGAUCUUUUUGCGUCUGUGGAUAAAGCCAGUGGGAUUGUUGAUGCUCUGAACGCCAGUUGGAGAAUCCUUCUCGUCUGCAGUGAAAGUUUCUUGAAGGAAGACGAUUGGUCAAUGUUUACAAUGAGGUCAGCUAUUUAUACACAAAGUUCAGCAAAUCCUGCUCGUGUUGUUGUAUUAGUUCACAAGGAUUGUCUUCUCUUGCUUCCUCCAGCGCUUCUGAGUUCCGUCAAUGAUGAGAAUAUUUGUGUUGUGUCGGAGUGGGCGAUGAACUACGAAAUGAUGCAAAUGCUGACCACACGUCUGACUUAAAAGAUAAGCUAUUGCACACAUUUUUCUUAAUUCGUCUAGAUCGGUGAUUCUUACAAUCACAACUCGGAAACGAAAUUUCUGUUUACACCUUCCAUGAAAUAUUCGCAGAAGUCUGAUGCAUGGCUCAUCCCCAAUGGCCCACCUACUUAUUUCAUGAGCAAAUAACGACACGAUCUAUUGAGUGUCUCUUUCAACUUUUAAACUUGUUCAAUGUUGAGAAGUAUAACACUGGACAACGUUGUUUUUUAAAGAAGGAACAAAAACUGUUAUGUACUGAAUGCAUUGGUACAAGUGUCUAUGUUGUAACGUACUUAUUAACUUUUUCGAUAACUAAAUUAAUAAUCAACAUCUAGCUCACACUUCUUCACGAUAAAUAAACAAAAAUAAUUCUCAAAAACCGUUUUUUUUAAUGUGGAGAAAUGUUUGCACAAAGAUUAAAUAAUAUCUGUUUAUUGAUAUACUCUUUGUAUGUCUCUCAAACCAUCUCUCUCUCUAACUCUUUCUCUAUUUCUCUCUACUUCUCUCUCUCUUUCUCUCUCUGACUCUCUAACUCGUUAUCUGUCUCUCUAGUUCUCCAUAACUCUCUCUCUGACUCUCAUACUCUCUCUAACUCUCUGUCUCUCUAAUUCUCUAAAUCUCUCUAUGUAUAAAUAUACUCUCCCUUAUUCUCUCUCUCUCUCUAACUUUCUCUCUCUCUCUCUCUCUCUUCUUUUCUAAUAAGAUAUUUACUGACACUGUCAAACAAAUGAAUUGUUUAAAUUAGUUCAAUUUUUUCUUGCAUUACAUCAUUCUAUAAAAGUUGUCAAUUAUCACUUAAUGUUAUAUCAUUAUGAGUACUCAUGUGCAUAGAUAGAUAGAUAGAUAGAUAGAUAGAUAGAUAGAUAGAUAGAUAGAUAGAUAGAUAGAUAGAUAGAUAGAUAGAUAGAUAGAUAGAUAGAUAGAUAGAUAGAUAGAU